AUGACGAUUGACGGCGAGUACUACCCCGUAGGUGUUAUUGUUGGUACUCCGAAUCGGGCGAUGGGGCGGAAUGAGGAGCACUGUGAGGAUGUGUCCACAUUCCGGCCUGAAAAGUGGAUUGUGUCGGACGAUCUGGACUCACCAAAUGUAACACCGAGGGCGAUGCUCGCAAGCUCAAGUCGCGGCUCCUUACCGUCCUUAAUGAAAUGGGGGAUUGUGUUGGGCAGAAGCCCGCACUGUUCCAGUUGUCCGUGGUUAUUACAAGAAAACUGUGGCGCAUGGGUGUACGACUGGCUCCUGGCACGGAUGUCGGAGCGGGCAAUCCUAGGCUGA